AUGAAAGUAAGUUCGUAUAACGGCUACCGCCAUAGCGAAUAUAUCGCUCGUAGAUGCGAGAUCGCAAUUGUGAAUCGGUCUCGAGAGGCGUUGGGGGUUGUUGAAUAUCUUGAAUCAGUGGAUCUAAUGUUCACUCCGAUCAGGCGGAUCGGCGUCUCGGAGUUCUGCAUUGUCAGCGGGAGACAGUUUACGAGAAAAAGAGGCGUGCAGGAAUGGACUGAGGUUUUUCUUUCAGGCGAAUUGCCAGAAGGCACUGAACAGCCCUCUCUCCGUGUCGCCCUUGCUCAGCAGCCACAAGCUCCUGGUGAACCGCUCCAUUGGUCGUUGUUCGUCGCCCGUGGACAGGCCGGGACCACAGAAAUCAGUUCAAUGACCUCUGCUGUCCACAGGCCAGCAUGGCCACAAGUUGGCUGUCUCUGGGCCUACCAGGUCCAUGAACUGCAAUCCAUGAAUCUGUCAGGCCUACUGAACCCUGCCUUCAGCAUGGUGAUCUAG